AGAGGGGUAGGGUGUUGUGUAGAGAGGGGUAGGGUAUUGUGUUGACUUUCUGUGACGGUGACUAAGCCAGCCAUGCUGAGUGCAGGUUGUUUACUCUGUCUGCUGUUAUUAUGUCCUCUGUUUAUGAUGCCACUGGCAUCUCCCACAGGUCAGCGAGGUGUGUGCGCGUUGUUGUGUGUGAGAUACAGCCACUGUCACAUGACCGACUCCCCUUCCCCAGCAGCGCCGGAACCUGAUAGUUGAUCGUCCCUAUUCUGGAGCAGGGAUUACCCUCUUUGGCCCUGUCCAUCCAUUCCUACUGUUCUGACAGCCUUAUCUACAUCGAUCUGACAGCCUGUUUAUCUGUGGAGGCAGCAGAUCUGCUGGGCUAGGACAAAGCUGCACAAUGGCUUCAGGGGCCAUCAGCAUUUUCAUUGUGGCCCCAGGGGCCACAGCCCCUAGUGAGCUGGCUGGACGCAACGCUGCCUGGCUAGUCCUGCUCUCCUCUCCGCCUGCUCCGCGCUGGCCUGUCUGUCCUCUCCUCUGCCUCGCAGUGUUGCCGUCGUCCGGUCAGCGAGGAGCUGUCGUCUCACCGUCUUUUGAGAAGUGUUUUGGAAGGUUUUCUUCGUGCCGUGUCGGUGGUACAAUAGUCAGCUUUUAUUUAGAUUUUUUUUAAGACGGUUCUCCAUGAGGACCGUGUCUGUUUCUCCUCCCCAGCCUUUCCUCCUCCCUACCUCUGCUCCUUUCCUCCGUCUGUCCUCUUGUCCUCGGCUGCUCUCCUGUCUGUGACUCGUCCGGAGGCUGUCGCAUAGGUCCGUCUAGCCGGAGUAGUUUUCCCCUGUUGAUUCUGUUGCUCUGGAGAGAUAUCUGCACUCAACCAUGGCCUCUUUUAAACUGGACUUCUUACCUGAAAUGAUGGUGGACCAUUGUUCCCUAAACUCCAGCCCAGUAGCUAAGAAGAUGAAUGGGUCGCUGGAGCACCCGGACCAGCCUGACAUCGACGCCAUCAAGAUGUUUGUGGGUCAGAUCCCGCGCUCCUGGGCGGAGGAGCAGCUGAGGGAGCUGUUCGAGCCGUAUGGCGCCGUCUACGAGAUCAACGUGCUCCGAGACCGCAGCCAGAAUCCCCCGCAGAGCAAAGGCUGCUGUUUCAUCACGUACUACACCAGAAAGUCUGCUUUGGAGGCCCAGAAUGCACUGCACAACAUGAAGAUUCUCCCUGGGAUGCACCACCCCAUUCAGAUGAAGCCAGCUGACAGUGAGAAGAACAACGCGGUGGAGGACAGGAAGCUGUUCAUUGGUAUGAUCUCCAAGAAGUGCAAUGAGAACGACAUCAGACUGAUGUUCUCUCCCUAUGGACAGAUUGAAGAGUGUCGCAUCCUGCGAGGUCCUGACGGACUCAGCCGUGGUUGUGCCUUUGUCACCUUCACAGCCAGACAGAUGGCCCAGUCAGCCAUCAAGUCUAUGCACCAGUCUCAAACCAUGGAGGGCUGUUCCUCCCCCAUGGUGGUGAAGUUUGCAGACACCCAGAAGGACAAGGAGCAGAAGAGGAUGGCCCAGCAGCUUCAGCAGCAGAUGCAGCAGCUCAACGCUGCCUCCAUGUGGGGAAACCUGACGGGCAUCAACUCCCUGGGGCCCCAGUACCUGGCACUUUACUUACAGCUUCUCCAGCAGUCUGCUUCCUCGGGAAAUGCCCUCAACAAUCUGCACCCCAUGACAGGGCUGAACGCCAUGCAGAACCUAGCAGCCCUAGCGGCAGCGGCUAGCGCCACACAGGCCACACCUUCUGGCUCCAACGCCAUGACGACGUCGAGCAGUCCGCUCAGCGUUCUCACCAGCUCAGGUACGACCACCGGGCAGAACCUCUCCUGGGACAGCUACAAGGCAGGCUCCUCCCCCACCUCCAGCAGCAGCUCGUCGGUCAACCCCAUGGCGUCUCUGGGGGCUCUGCAGUCUCUGGCCGCCGGAGCUGGCGGUCUCAACAUGAGCUCCCUGGCAGGUAUGGCAGCUCUGAACGGUGGCCUGGGCAGCGGGGGCCUGUCCAAUGGGUCAGGCAGCACCAUGGAGGCCCUGAGUCAGGCCUACUCUGGCAUCCAGCAGUACGCUGCUGCGGCCCUGCCCAGCCUCUACAGCCAGAGCCUGCUGGCCCAGCAGAACGCCAGCGCAGCGGGCAGCCAGAAGGAGGGUCCAGAGGGGGCCAACCUGUUCAUCUACCACCUGCCCCAAGAGUUUGGAGACCAGGAUCUGCUCCAGAUGUUCAUGCCCUUUGGAAACGUCAUAUCAGCAAAGGUCUUUAUCGACAAGCAGACCAACCUCAGCAAGUGCUUUGGUUUUGUGAGCUACGACAACCCUGUGUCGUCCCAGGCAGCCAUCCAGUCCAUGAACGGCUUCCAGAUUGGCAUGAAGCGCCUUAAGGUGCAGCUGAAGAGAUCCAAGAAUGACAGCAAGCCCUACUGACCCCCCCUUCUGCACCCUCCCUCCCCCCCCCCCCACCCUGCCUCCUAUGUGCCCAACUGUCUGUCUGGGGCAGGCUCAGAAAGGGGGGCUACCUGAUCUCUUCCAGCCCACGUUUGUUCCUCGUUUGCCUAGCAUGUUGAUGUGACGUCAAAAAGCUCAUCGUCCAGUCCCUUACCCUCUACUCUUCUCUGAAUCCUUUGACUCCUUUAGUUGUUUUUUUUUCUUGUGUUUAUAAAGACGUUUGUGUUUGUGUGUUUCUCAUCUGUCCUUUGUGCUGCCAAAAGGGGGCGCUAGUAAGACUGCUGUUUGGGAGAAAAAAAAUGUAUAAAGUUACAUGAGUAUUGUUACGAGUAACAAAAUAAAAAAGAGGAUCUAUUUUUCUAGAAUUUUCUGACAUAACCACUAGAAUUUUGCAAACCUUUUUGUUUAUUUUUCACUUAGUUGGACCUGUUUUCCUUGGCGGUGUGAUUGUAUUUGAGUUCUCGUAGUGUUGGAGCAGUCGUCCUAGCGCCUCCCUGCUGUGUUCCCUUGGGUUUGUGUGUUUGUGUGAAAAAGCAGCCAAUCAAUUUCUAGAGAGUAGUUCAGAGUGUGAGUGUUUCUCUCUCUCGUCUGCUCUAACCCCUUUUGUAGAAUUGUCUUUGGUCACAUUUUGCUAAACAGGGGAAGACUUUGUAGUUUUGUGCUAGUUAGUGAGUUGGCAUGGUGUAAUUUUUUUGGGAGUUCCUACUGAGUGAUGACAGCGAUAUACACUUGAAUCAUUGUUAGUCCUACAGAGUGUGUUUGUGAGAUCAUCACUGGCACAUACUGUUCUCAUUUUCUUCUGGCAUGGUGAACCAGCAGGGUCUGAGUACUGACAUCGUUAUUACACUAAGAGCAGAACUGCGUGUCAUCAGUCAAGCAGAUAUUAAGCAUGCACCUUUCAGUUUUUUUUUUUUUUUUUGUAACUGCACUGAAAUCCUCAGCAAAAUGUGAUUUAGUUUUGUUUAAAGAAUAACGACUUACAACAAAUAAACCAGUGCCAAACAUUUUGCACAUGGGUCAUAUUUUUCUCGGACACAUUGCCGUUGCUGAUGCUAGGAUUGAGAGUCUGGGGCAAUUGUGGGUGUUGCUGUGGUGGAUGGGAGCAUGCGUAUGAGCGAGAGAGAGUAGAAUUAAAGGUGAAGUUGGCAGUCAUGCAGAACAGUAUAGUGAGAGAUUAGUAGUCACCCACUUGUGUUAUAAUGUUCAAUAUCAUUCAUCAAAAUAUGGGCCUGCACUGGCUUUGUUGAAGCAAUUUGAGGUAAAAAGUGUGUUUUGUGUGUGUGUGCGUGCGUUUGCUCAGGGGUGUGUGUGUGUGUUGCCAGUCUGUGUUCGCGUGUGUUUUAGUGCCUCAAUAAAAGCAACCUGAUCAGUGCUUGGUCUGAUAAACUCAAAUAUGGAUCCUGUAAUUUAAACAACUACAAACAUUGCCUCUGUAAUACGACCAGUCGAUGGGUUCCUGUGUUACCAUGUGAUAGCUCAUACGACUCCAGUCAAACGGGAGUUCUCGUAGUCAGUAUGAAGGUGAAAGGUGUGUUUAUAACUCUUGGUUUGUACAGUACUGCCUUUUCUACUACAACAAACACUCUGUAAAAUGUUAGUGGUGAACCCUGUAUAGCUUGACACAAAGACCAAACCCUAGUCUUAUAGAAGGCCAUACAAAUCAACUGGUAUGAAGACAAUUCUGUAAAAGUCGCCUUUUUCUGCAUUCAAUAAAAUAAACUGUUUUUAUUUUCCUUAAUUUUUUAUUUUUUGUUUUACAUUGUUGUGGUUUUGAUGUGACACAUAGUAACUGCUGACAUUGUUAGAUGGCUUAAUCAGUUGUAACUGCUUGUGAUGGGUAGAUAGCAUACCGAAUGUUCUGGAAUGUAGAAGGCUUCUGUCUCGUCAUCCAGGGGACUGGGGCCACACUCCAGCAAUCCUCUCUGUCAGCAGACUGUGUGAUUCUGAUUGGUUGGUUGGUUUGUUUGUUUAUUAUGUACAAUUAAAAUGUUUGAGAAGA